AUGGCGAAUCCGGAUUUGCAAAUGAACGUUCAAAUGGAGCAGAUCCAUGGAGAAAUUCGUGACAAUUUUCGAGCCCUCGCAACUGGGUUUCAGAAACUGGACAAGAUUAAAGACUCCACCAGACAAAGUAAACAAUUGGAGGAUCUUACAGGAAAGAUGAGAGAGUGUAAAAGGUUGAUCAAAGAGUUUGACCGUGAAAUCAAAGAGGAGGAAAGUAAAAAUCCUCCAGAAGUCAGCAAGAAACUCAAUGAUGAGAAGCAAUCAAUGAUCAAAGAGUUAAACUCAUAUGUGGCCUUGAGAAAGACAUACCAAAGCACUCUUGGAAAUAAAAGGGUUGAACUUUUUGACAUGGGAGCAGGUGCUAGUGAGCCCAUGGCUGAUGAGAAUGCUCAGGUGGCAUCAGAAAUGUCGAAUCAAGAGCUUGUUCAAGCUGGCAUGCAGACAAUGAAUGAGACUGAUCAGGCCAUUGAACGAUCCAAACAGGUUGUUCAACAAACAGUUGAAGUGGGAACCCAAACUGCUGCUAAUUUGAAAGGCCAAACUGAUCAAAUGGGUCGAAUAGUGAAUGAACUUGACACGAUUCAAUUCUCAAUUAAAAAGGCAUCUCAGCUUGUGAAGGAGAUAGGACGCCAGGUGGCGACGGAUAAAUGCAUCAUGCUAUUUCUAUUUCUUAUCGUGUGUGGGGUGAUUGCUAUUAUUGUCGUGAAGAUUGUGAAUCCCAACAACAAAGACAUAAAAGAUAUACCGGGGUUGGCUCCUCCGGCUCCGGCUUCAAGGAGAUUAUUGUAUGUAAGGAGGUUUGCAGAAGAAGACCAUUUUUGAUUGGCUCCUGCUUCAAGGAGAUGAGAUGAAAUAUGAUAUGAUGAUUGUUUUAAUGGUGAUAUGUAUUUUGUGAAUGUGUAUUCUUUUUUUUUUCUUCUUCUUCUUAUUAUUAUAAGAGAUGUGCAUAUCGUACCUACACUUCCAAGUUUCUCCUGUAAAUGGUGAUGGUUGCUUGUUUGCUUGCUUGGUUGGCUGUGUGUUGUUUUUUAUAUGGUGACAACCAUCCUUCAACAUUGUACCC